UUUUAAGAGGCCCAUGUACUAAACAGAAUAAGCCCAAUCUUUAAUAUCUUCCUUGAGCAGCGCCGCUUCUUCCUCUUCUUCUCUUUCUUCACGCCUUCGCACGCUGCGCCAUCUUUUCCGAUCUUCGAACCGCUCCAACUCGGCGGAGGCUUAGUGGCGCGCCGAGGAAGGAUGGUGGUUGUUUUGGCUUCAUCCACGGAUGCUAGUGGUGGGAUUGGAUGCUGGGACCUUAACACAGGUUCUGAGCAGAUCCGCUACAAAUCAUUUUCUUCCCCUUCUCAUGGACUUGUCUCUGUUGGUGAUCGUUUCCUUGCAUCUUCUCAGCUUCGAGAUGCAUCAACUUCCUCUGCUUCCGUUUUCUUCUGGUCCUGGUCCAAGCCUCAAGUUGAAGUUAAGAGCUUUCCUUCUGAACCUAUCACGCCUCUUGCUUCUAAUCACAGUGGCACUUAUCUAGUUGGUGGAGGUUUGUCUGGUGAAAUAUACUUGUGGGAGGUUGAAACCGGCAGAUUGCUUAAGAAGUGGCAUGGUCAUAAUACGGCUGUUACUUGCCUGGUAUUUUCUGAAGAUGACUCACUUCUAAUAUCUGGUUUUAAAAAUGGAAGCGUACGAGUUUGGUCUCUCUUAAUGAUAUUUGAUGAUGUGAGAAGACGGGAAGCAAGCAAGAUUUAUGAGUAUAGUUUUUCAGACCACACUUUGUGUGUAAAUGAUGUUGUGAUCGGUUAUGGAGGAUGCAAUGCAAUUAUAGCUUCAGCGUCAGAUGAUCGGACGUGUAAGGUAUGGACCUUAUCUAAUGGAAUGCUACAAAGAAAUAUAGUGUUCCCUUCAAAAAUUAAAGCCAUUGCAUUGGAUCCUGCUGAACAUGUUCUCUAUGCUGGCAGUGAAGAUGGAAAAAUAUUUGUCGCUGCACUUAACACCACAAGAAUCACUACUAAUGAUCAAGUUUCAUAUAUCACUGGUUCAUUUUCUAACCACAGCAAGGCAGUUACUUGCUUAGCAUAUAGUGCCGCCGAGAAUUUUUUAAUAUCUGGAUCUGAUGAUGGAAUUGUUCGAGUUUGGAAUGCCAGUACUCAUAACAUCAUCCGUGUCUUUAAACAUGCUAAAGGACCAAUAACUAAUAUUCUUGUUCUUAGACAAGAAAAUGACUUGAGUAAUCCCAUGUCCUCUAAUUUACAAGGAACCUCAAAAAAGAAGGGAGCUCAAUUUCCUCCUCUGGAAAAGUAUGCGAAUUCAAUGGAUGAAGACUCAGAUAAAACGACUAUUGUCAGUCUUGGUGGUGGCAAUAUAUGCAUGGAUGUUUCAUACCUUAGUUCUCAAGUGAUUUCUAGUUACAGUAAAGAACUUCAGAGUCAAGGUUCAGCUGCUGCUUCUGAAAUGGAGAUAGAGAAACUAAAGCGUGAUUGCCAAAAGUCGGUACAAAUGGUUAACAAAUGGAAAAAAAUGUAUGAAAACUUGCAUCAAUUUUGUGUAAAGGAGAUGCUAGAUGGAAAUGAGAAAUAAGACAUGUUCUAGUCAGGAACGUUUUUAAAUCUUCCGGGGUACCCUAAGUGGGAUUUCAACCUACGACCAAUUGGUUAACAUCCGAGCUCCUUGAUUAUCUUGAUACACUAGAAAGAGAAUUACCAGAUACGAAUACAAAUACAAUUGGUGUAUUUAUCUCUAGCUCUAGCAUCACAAGGUUCCCUUCUGCAGUUUGUUUUGCUUCCUCUUAUUAUCAGUAAUUUUUUGGGUACCUAUACUCUGCUACAUUGUUUAUUAGCCUCUCUGCCUUUGAGUCUUACUUUGAAAAUCUUCAUCCCUUUUGUUAGGAGUAUUAUGUAAACCACGUCUUCACAUAAAAUCUUAAGACAUUGAAUAUCUGAGCACAUUUAGUUUAUUCUUAGUCGACAUUGGACUACCUACUCACUUGUAUUUCAAAUCCUUACUCUUUUCUCUUCGCCAAAAGAGCAAGUUUGAGUAGCAUUGUAAUCUUUUCGGAUUUAAAUUUGAUA